AGCGCUCAGCAGACGCCUGCAGCUGAGGGGCUGGGAUUUGGGAGAGGCAGAAUAAACGCGCCUUUCACGCCCGGCAUCCCCAGCAGUCCCGGGCUCCCACGCUUGCAGCCUUGGUCACUUCUUGCCUUUCUUGCAGGAGGCAGGACAUGCUGAAAUAAAGAGAAACUUGUUCUGUGGCAGGAAAAGUCAUUUCUUCUGUCCAGGCAUUUGGGAAGGAGACAGGAAGCGUAUUAUUUUAAAGGUGGGUCGCCGCGCCGCGCCGCCCCCCGCCGCGAUGCCGCCGCCGUGCCCCCGAGGGACCCUGCCCCGGGCCGCCCUCCUCUUCCUCCUCCUCCUCCUCCUCCUGCCGCUGCUCUGCGCGGCCCCCGAUGUUUCAAGGGGAAAUAAGCUUAAACUGAUGCUUCAGAAACGCAAAGCCCCCGUUGCCAUGAAGCCCGAGGUGUCGGUGAAAGAAGCGGCGGCCAAGGAGUUCCUAAGCAGCCUGAGACGCCAGAGGCGCCAGCUGUGGGACAGAAGCCAGCCCGACGUACAGCAGUGGUACCAGCAGUUCCUGUACCUGGGAUUCGAUGAGGCGAAAUUUGAAGAUGACAUCUCCUACUGGACAAGCUUAGGGCGUGCUCGUAAUGAAUACUACGGUGGAUACUACCAACACCACUACGAUGAAGAUUCACCAAUUGGCCCACAAAAUCCACACACCUUCAGGCACGGAGCAGGUGUCAACUAUGAUGAUUACUAAUGGCAUUUAUCCUGCUGUAGCUGGUGCCUGUAGGGCUGCACUGGGCGAGGCUGAGCCCUCCCCCCCUCAGGCAGAAUGACCCUGCUUUCCUCCUAUUCGUGUAGAACAGCAAGAGUAAAGAAACUGCCAGACUCGAAGACAGCAACAUGACUUUUUUUUUAAUUUUUGUUACUUAGUAGUACACUAUAUAUAAAGUGUUAUAGAAAUAAAGCUUUUUUCAUAAAAUA